GAAACGUGGCACUGGAGUUGCGUAAUGCGCCCCCUGCUUCAGGCUUCAGCCAUCUGUUUAUUUCAUUUCUACUUCCUAAAUGGUGCAAAAUUACGGACUCUCAGGUGCCCAUCAGCGUUCUACCCAAGUUACAGUUGAUAUCUUACAAAAACGUCUAUGCUGCUUCAAUUUCGUCUGUGUUGUUGAAGUUCAGGAGGUUCAGAGCCAGCUUUUGUAAGGUUUUAUUGAACUAUUGUGCACUUUGUUCUCGUUGCCAUCAAAGCUGUUUCUCAGUUGUCUUGUUCUCCCAUUCCACUCUACCAGGAGAAAUAUCCAAUAUUGAAGCAUACACCAUCAAAGGCCCAAACAAUUCUAUGUUGGCCUCCUCAGCUAUUUUUAGGAGACAACAGUUCUUGAUAAGAUCUCUGGGAGGUCAUAGCAGUAACAUACACAGGGAAAGGAUGCAAGCAAUAAAGUGUGUUAGUGGAUCUGCUUUGGAAGCUGAUGGUCAGAGCAUUUUAAGAGCAAUAGUACCAACCUUUGACCCAUUUCGGUACAAAGGACAGGCAGGAAAGGUUGCUGUAAUUGGUGGAUGUCGUGAAUACACAGGGGCUCCAUAUUUUGCAGCUAUAUCAGCAUUAAAAAUUGGUGCAGAUUUGUCCCAUGUUUUCUGUACAAAAGAUGCUGCUGGAGUUAUAAAAAGCUACAGCCCAGAGUUGAUUGUGCACCCUGUUCUAGAAGAAUCAUACAAUAUAAGGGAUGAUGAGAAAAGUAUAAUCUCUAGCAAGGUUCUUGCUGAUGUUGCAAAGUGGAUGGAACGAUUUGACUGCCUUGUUGUGGGUCCAGGCCUGGGAAGAGAUCCUUUUCUUUUGGACUGUGUAAGUGAAAUCAUGAAGCAUGCACGACAAUUAAAUAUUCCAAUUGUUGUAGAUGGGGAUGGACUGUUUCUUGUUACUAAUAAUCUUGACCUGGUUAGUGGGUAUCCUUUAGCUGUUCUGACUCCAAAUGUGAAUGAGUAUAAACGCCUUGUAGAGAAAGUUCUAGACUGUGAGAUUAAUGAUCAAGAUGCUCCUGAACAAUUACUAUCUCUGGCAAGAAGAGUUGGUGGAAUAACUAUCCUAAGGAAGGGAAAAUGUGAUAUCAUCAGUGAUGGUGAAACAGUUCACGUGGUGAGCGUAUUUGGAUCCCCUCGGCGUUGUGGUGGUCAGGGUGAUAUUCUAUCUGGAAGUGUUGCGAUAUUUUCAUCUUGGGCACGGCAACAGAACUUGGCUACGGGAGACAAUUUGCGUGGCAGUCCAUCAAAUCCAAUGGUUGUGGGGAGUAUUGCUGCAUCAACACUGCUGAGAAAGGCUGCAUCAACUGCUUUUGGAAAAAAGAAAAGAGCGACACUUACAACGGACAUAAUUGAGUGCUUAGGGAUAAGUUUGGAGGAGAUAUGCCCUGCUAGCUGAUACUGUUGGCCCUCGACCUAUCGGGUUUUUGAGUUUAUCCUUCUUCGUGCACGCAUGGUCUCUUGGUCUUUGUUCUUGUUGGGCUUAAGGUAUGUAUGCCAAAGUGUGUUUGCGUGAGUUUGCGUGGUCUGAGAGAGAAGGGGGAAUGCAUUGUAUGGUCAGCCUGUAGGAGUGAGUUUCGUUCAACUUUCCAUGUUUGGAAAGAAAAUAGUUUAUCUUUUGUUGUUUUUAAUUUUAUCACCCGUAAAUGCUGGUUCUGUGAUAUAUUGGAUGUGGGUUAUGGUUCAAAGUGUCAAUUUUAAAAGACGUAUCUACUUAUUA